AGAAGAGAGCCGGUAGAGAAAAAGAUAACUCCUAGGGACAAACUUCUUCCGAGAAAACUUCCACGUUUCUUGUGAUGUAUAAAUUAAGCGAUCAACGUCGACCCUUUCUGUUCCAUUGCCAUAUGAUCACAUAGUGGUGGUGAUACCAACUCUUCGUUCAGUCUCUCUCUUUCUCUAAACCAUGUUUAGGUUUCUCUCCAAAUCCAACAACACUAUUAGGAAACUGAGCUCCAAAUCAUUCCACCCAACUCUCUACGCCUCCUCGAGUCCUCAUCACUGCAAGUCCAAAAUCUCGACCAUUCACCCCCAAAUCGCUUCACCAAUCUCUUCAAAUGCUUUCGAUUCAUCUGGGUCUUCCUCGAAGCCCUCCGAUUCCAGAUAUCCUACUGGGUCCCCAAAUGGGUCUCCAUUUUUUCGCGCUCUGGAUCGAAAUUCAAGCUUUUCCGGGCCCCAGAUGGCUGGAAAUCGGUUUUUCUCAUCCGGGUAUUUGUUGAACUGCAAGAAUUUGAAGAAUGGGAAGGGAAAUAGACGUGGGUUUUUGAGGGUCGGGAGUUUUGUUGGAGAAUCGAGGGCUUUCAGCAGUGAACCGGAUAGAGAGUCUAUGGAGUAUGAUGUUGUUAUUGUUGGUGCAGGGCCUUCGGGUUUAUCGGCGGCAAUACGGUUGAAGCAAAUGUGCCGCGCAAAGGAUGUUGAUUUUUCGGUUUGUGUUGUGGAGAAAGGAGCCGAAGUGGGUGCUCAUAUCCUAUCUGGGAAUGUUUUUGAGCCUCGAGCAUUGGAUGAACUUCUCCCGGAAUGGAAACAAGAAGAGGCACCAAUCAAUGUCCCUGUUUCUUCUGAUAAAUUUUGGCUUCUUACAAAGGAUCGUGCAUUUUCACUUCCAUCCCCAUUUGAUAACAAAGGGAAUUAUAUUAUAAGUUUAAGUCAGUUAGUACGUUGGUUGGGAGGGAAAGCUGAAGAAUUAGGAGUAGAAAUAUAUCCAGGCUUUGCCGCUAGUGAGAUAUUAUAUGAUGCAAACCACAAUGUUAUCGGCAUUGGAACUAAUGAUAUGGGGAUUGCCAAAGAUGGUUCAAAGAAGGAUAAUUUUCAGCAUGGCGUUGAGUUGAGAGGACGUGUUACACUUCUUGCUGAAGGAUGCCGAGGAUCAUUAUCAGAGAAAGUAUUGAGAGAUUACAACUUGAGAGAAAAAGCGCAAGCACAGCAUCAGACUUAUGCUUUAGGAAUAAAAGAGGUAUGGGAAAUUGAUGAGGCCAAGCACAAGACUGGCACUGUACUUCACACCUUGGGUUGGCCCUUGGAUCACAGGACAUAUGGGGGAUCCUUUCUCUACCACAUGAAUGACAGACAGGUUUCAAUUGGCCUUGUGGUUGCUUUGAAUUAUCACAACCCUUUCUUGAACCCUUAUGAAGAAUUCCAGAAACUUAAACAUCAUCCUGCCAUCAAACCUCUUCUCGAAGGUGGGACUGUUCUCCAGUAUGGUGCUCGCACUUUGAAUGAGGGCGGUUUUCAGUCUAUUCCAUAUCCAGUUUUCCCAGGUGGAGCAAUCAUUGGAUGCUCAGCUGGCUUCCUAAACGUACCAAAGAUAAAGGGAACACAUACUGCAAUGAAAUCAGGAAUGCUGGCAGCAGAAGCUGCAUUUGAUGUACUUCAUGAAGGCUCGAGCAUGGAAAAAUAUUGGGAUGGUCUAAGGAAUUCAUGGAUAUGGGAAGAACUUCAUAAAGCUCGGAAUUACCGUCCGGCAUUUGAGUAUGGGCUCGUUCCUGGUUUGGCCUUAAGUGCUUUAGAACACUAUGUUCUGAAGGGUAGAUCUCCUUUAACAUUGAAGCAUGGGAAACCUGAUCAUGAAGCAACAGAUGUUGCACAGUUACACUCUCCAAUUCAAUACCCAAAGCCAGAUGGGAUUGUAUCUUUUGAUGUGCCAACAUCUCUAUACAGGAGCAACACGAAUCACGAUCAUGACCAACCAUCUCAUCUUCACUUGAGGGACCCCCAGAUUCCUGAACGUGUAAAUUUGCCGGACUUUGCUGGACCUGAGUCACGAUAUUGUCCUGCACGUGUAUAUGAGUACGUCCCAGAUGAAAAGGGUGAGCUGAGGCUGCAGAUAAAUGCUCAAAAUUGCCUACACUGCAAGGCAUGCGAUAUCAAGGACCCAAAGCAAAAUAUUGAGUGGACGGUGCCAGAAGGCGGCGGGGGCCCAGGCUACUCAGUUAUGUAGAUUAUCCCCAAGUUCUCAUUGUUGCUGCAAAUAAAGGAUCUUGUACAAAACCAACCAUAAUUCAUCCUCCCAAAAAUAAAAGUCUACCUAAUGCAGAGUCCUCAGAAUGUGACAUGGUAAUUUGAUGAUAACCCAAUCCAAAAUCAUUAUAUUUGCAAUCUUUCCAUGCAUGUAAAAGUCAUCUUUAACAUGUAAAAGGCAUGGAAAGUCUAUCUAAGAACACAUUGGAUUUUAGGGCCCAAAACCAACAAAUCCCAAGCUGAACUGUCCACCAUGUGUUGACACUAUGAAUGGGUCAUAACCCAGUGAAGAAGAUCAAAAGUAUAAUCUCAACCCCUGCUUGCACCGCCUCAUUCUGGAAAGAGGACCACCUAGUGAGACCUGGGAAGGCAUCCGUUUAGCAAUUGAACUGCCAGCAUGCGUACAAAUAGUUUGUUCUUUGUGAAGCAGACCACAGCUGUCCUACCCCACACUUGACAUUCCAGGACAUUUGCCAAUUUAAGAGGAAUCAUUUUACACCUGCUCUCGAGAUAUUAUUAUCCAGGAAGCUCCACCCUCAUUAGGAAUUUGAGGGUCAAUUGAAAUUAAUAUUAGCAAUGCAUGUCACACUUGAAUGUAUCAUGCAAAAGAAUAUUAUCCUGUAUUAGCAUAUCAGCCUGGCAUGAUAUCAUUUUCUCGAUCUUCACAUUCAUGCAUACAAAGUUAAGGAAUACUGUAUCUUCACUAGCCAGUCUAAUGGAACUUGUGGGUGGGGAGCAAGCUGAACUUUGCAUUCAACGAAAGUUGAGAACUCCAGCAGCAGAGAUAUUCAUCUGUCUCUAAAUGCAGGUUAUGUCGUCACAAUUUUCCGUACCUUGCAUGAGAAAAUGUUUUUCCUGCAAAGUGGCUGGGGAACUCUCUAAAUGUUGUCGUUCAUGGGGACUACAGCUCCCAAUUAAGGCCUUGGGCAAAAGAAGACAUUUGAUCUCAUUUUUUGGGCUAAUCAAUUGGAGAAUUAUGUAUUGAAGUAGAGAACUAUAUAUCAAGGAAGGGAGGUGAUCUAUGAAAUGGGGCUUUGAAAAGACAUAAUCAUGUUAAUCGAUAUCUACUUCAAUUCUUGUGAUGAUUCUGGAUUUUGUUGGAGAAAGUGGCUUAAGGUUCAUCUCAAGAGCAUCGGGUUUGCUAUUUUGAUUACUGUUAUGGCCAAAGAUUAGUUUAGGACAUGUAGAAGGCCAAGUGAAGGAAAUACCCUUUUCCGUAGGCAUGCUGCUCUUGCCUCACUGAUUUGGAGAAUGGUCUGAGAAAUUUUUAAGGAGCUACAAGAGAGUCGUCUAAUUCUUUUUCCUGUCUGUGUAUGUGCAUAUAGUGCCCUAAUAAACAAUAUUUAUAUGAUUGGAUAGUGGUUUGCUCUUGUGAAGAUGCUUCAUCUAAGUGCCAGCUUACUUUGGCUCCUCUUAUCAAGAAAUUAGACUACUCUAGGAUCAGGAGGGCAUUUGGUUGGAUCACGAAAGUUCCAUCUAUUCACUUUUCUACACCUAUAAUGGGAGUGCUUUUGCUGGGUUUCCAGGAAGCUCAGUGUAGGAACCUUAAUGGUUGUUUAGUUGAGGGUUAUUCCUCAAUUGUCAUUUCUUGGGUGAGAUAAGAGACACCGGGAUCCUGGAGAUAUGGACAUUUGAUGCGUUAAGUCAAGGAUCAUGUUUUCUGUUUGGAGGCACUGGUUUCACUGUAUAGACAGAGAGAGUACUCAGGAAGCAUAUGCUAUUGCCAGGAGAGAUCUUGUCUAGGAGAGCUUCAUAGAGGACUCUAUAUCCCUGUUCUGAUUUGGUAAAGAGUUACGCCACUGUCAUUGCCAAGAAUAAGCUCUUUGAAUAGGUCCUUCUCAAAACCUUCUGUUUUGGGUUGAGUUCUGAUGAAAAGAUUCUUGACUUGGACCCUGCUUCUAAGGCUCUUAAGGAAUUAAUAGCAUUCUUUUGUAAGGGAUACCUGUUGGUUGUCUCAGGAAAGAGGGCUUGCGGAUCCACAAAAUUAUGCACCUUUUGGCCUAUCAAAAACAAAAUCACGCACCUCUUCAGAGAGGGAGGAUGCUCUUUUAUUUGGAGGGGCUCAAUCAGCCAAUCAGGUAACAGGUUAAUUGUGUCUAAGAAAGGACCCUCAUUACAGAUCAUGGAAGCAGGCUUCCUUCCGAGCAGAGUCUUAAUGCUUUC